AUGUUCUCGUCUGGUGGAUCCGCGGCAUCGCGCGCCCAUAGUGUCUUCAGCGUGCGGUUCUGCGAGACAUCGCGCCCAAAUCCCGCACUCACAACGACCUGGCCAAAGUGUGUUGGUGCGGGGAGUGAGACAAGAUCGUCAAGUGGGAUGGAUGGCGGACGAGGACAAAGACAAAGACUUACCGGUGGCGGGAACGUCGACAAGGUCCUCUACGCCGCCCGUGUGACCUCGGUCUCAUCCAUGUCGCUCGCGUCAGUCUCGCUUCACCCUCGUGUUGUCUACCCGACCUCGCCUUUGGUGAAGUCGAAGGGCAGCGUGAUGGGCAGGAAAGAAAAGACGAAGGAGAGUGAGCGCGUCGCCGGUGAAGCCGGCGGCGGCAAUGAGGAGGGCCUCCUAGGUGGAGUCGUCGUAGUGGCCAAAGCAAAAUGCGGUGCCUUGGUCGAUCUAGUACCUGUCGGUGUGGGUGUGAGGGUGCACAUUCGCAUCCGCGUGGUGAAGAAUCCUUAG